AUUUAUUAAAGGGAUUAUACAAUUGUGAGUUAGCAAUAACAUUUUGUGACUUAUCGUGGACACUUGGGAGGCGAAUUCACGAUACAGUGGCACCUUUUCGACGGGAUUUUCGAGUUGAAUUUGUCAACGUAAACAAAUGUGAGUAUUCGACUAUAUAUUGAAAUUUGUGACACAAUAUGGAGAGACAAAUAGCUGAACUAUCGAGCAAGAUAAAGACCCUUAACUUUAGGUGCACAAAAACGAGUGAAAUAUUAGAGAAACAAGAUCGACAAGCAUCUGAACGUGAAAAACAAAGUAUUAUUAAUAUAUCGAAAGCAGUAAACGAGCUAAAGGAAACAAUCGAAGAAAAAAAAUUUGCGAAAGGUGAAGAUGAAGAGGCUAUAGCUGAGUGGAGCAAACUAUAUGAAAGCGAACUUGAGAAAGCAGAUCAGGAUAUCAAAUUAUUGGAUCAACAGAUCAAGAAAGUGGAUGAUGAUGAAAGAGAAGCCAAAACAGCUUACGAACACGAAAGAAAGUUGGCAUUUGAACUUGAGUUAUUUGAACGAAAGGCAAAAUUUCAGGAAGAGUUAGAGAAAACGAAACAAGGUGAAAACAAUCAACACAGUAAACCAACCUCUGCCUCUGGUGCAAAAUUACCCAAACUACCCAUCACAAAGUUCAAUGGAAGAAUUGAUUUAUGGCUCCCAUUUUGGGGGAAGUUUAAAUCUGAAAUUGACUCCACAGACAUACCGAUUUUAACAAAAUUUUCUUAUUUAAAAGAACUGUUGGAUGAGAAAGUUCGGACAGAUAUAGAUGGUCUUCCAUUUACCGAAGCGGGUUAUGACAAGGCGAAAGAAGUUUUGGAAUCAGAAUACGGACAGAUGGCUGAUGUUGUAAAUACAUAUGUGGUUAACAUUAUGAGCUUACCAGUUAUUAAUGGCAAGGAUCCAGCAAAGAUCAAUGAAUUUUACAAACAGCUUAGGUACAAUGUUCAGAGCCUUGAUAGAUUGGCUGAUGUAAAAGGGAAUGUUCAGGCAACAUUAGAUAAAUUAAAGGGUAUAAAAGCUGAUCUUGUUCAUGGAAAGGAGGACUGGCAAAACUGGGGAUAUGAAGACCUCCUAAAGGCCCUACAAACAUGGCGUGAAAUCAAUCCAAUAGAAGAGAAAUUAGAGCAACAACAGCACAGUGGGAAAGGAAAAGGUUACUCAAGGUUCUACCAUACUCAAGAUGCAGAACAGAAUUCACGGCGACCAGAAUGUGUUUACUGCGAAGAAAGCACACAUAAAGGGAGAAACUGUUUGAAAGUCAAAACCAGAGAAGAACGAAAGAAAAUUCUAGCUCAAAAGGGACUGUGCUUUAAUUGCACAGGGGCACAGCACCGUGCCAGUGAGUGCAAGAGUAAGUUAGGAUGUCAAAAAUGCAAACGGAGACAUCACACAUCAAUUUGUGAUCAGGUGACGGAACAAUUCCUCGGAGCUAGUAGUAGUACAAAUGUUAUUCAUCCAGUGGUUAUCGUACAAGUAGGUGGGUUCAAGUGUCGGGCUCUAUUAGACACUCGUGCAGGGAGCUCCUAUGUGUCGGCUGCAUUAUUAGAUCAGAUUCCGAAAAAAUGCUCCAAGAAAGAAGUAAGGAAGAUUGACAUGAUGCUUGGAACAACAACAAGAGAGGUUGAACUAUCAACUAUUCAAAUUGGGGGGCUCACUGGUGAUUUUUCCUUGUCGGUGGAAGUAACUAAAGUUAACAAGAACGAACUGUUACUUUUGGAUAACCCAAGGUAUGAAGAGAUCAUUAAGAACCACUCACAUAUGAAUGGAGUUGCUAUGGAAGAUCAUGACCUAAAAGAUAAACUUCCAGUUCAUAUUAUUCUCGGGGCGAGUGAGUUUGCGAAGCUGAAGACAGAGAAACCUCCUAGAGUUGGUCUUCCAGGUCAACCUGUAGCCGAGUUGACUCGGUUCGGUUGGACUAUUAUGUCCCCAGGCAAGGAAUCCGUGGAUGUGUCAAGUAUGCUUCUAGCUCAGACAUCUCAAGCUGACUAUGAAGAACUAUGUCGGCUUGACGUCUUGGGCUUAGAAGAUAGACCAACCAACAGCCAGAGUAUUGUCUACGAUGAGUUCAAGGAGCAACUUACUCGGGAUGGAACUGGAUGAUACGAGACAGGGUUACCAUGGCGUGGAAACCAUCCCCCAUUACCAAACAAUCGAGCUAGCAGCUUACGUCGCCUGGCAGGUUUGACAAGUAGACUUGAUCGUGCGGGACUGAGAUCUAAGUAUAACCAAAUUCUGGAGGAGCAAAAGACAGAAGGGAUUAUUGAAAGUGUGAGCAAUCCCAGCGAAGGUAGAGAGUUUUAUAUCCCCCACCGACCAGUGCUGCGAACUUCUGCGGAAUCAACGAAGCUCAGGAUUGUCUAUGAUGCAUCGGCUAGAGCUCAUAACGCAGCGCCUUCACUUAAUGAAUGUCUAAACCCAGGGCCCAGUCUGACAAAUAAACUUUGGAAUGUAUUAGUCAGAGGACGCUUUCACCCGGUAGCAUUGAAUGGUGAUUUACAGAAAGCGUUUCAUCAGAUUCGAGUGAGGGAACCCGAUCGUGAUGCUCUUCGCUUCCAUUGGCAGACGGACGGACAGUCUGACGUUGAAAUUUUGAGAUUUUCUAGAGUGCCCUUUGGUCUAGCUCCCUCCCCAUUCUUGCUGGGGGGAGUUAUUGACAUGCAUUUGAGCACCUGGGAGGACCGAGAACCGGACGUCGUAGCUAAACUUCGAGAUGAACUGUACGUUGAUGACCUGAUUUCCGGAUCUACAACAGUGGCGGAAGCUCGUGAGUUCAAAGAGAAGAUAACAGAAAUGUUUAAAGAGGGCUGUUUUAACCUUCACAAAUGGCAUUCAAAUGAUCAAAAUUUAGAGUUGGAAGAUCUGCCAGAAGGGGAAUUUACUUAUGCAAAACAACAGUUGGGGACUACCUAUGGGGGAGGCUGCAAACUACUUGGUCUCGAAUGGUCAAAAGAGUCAGAUACACUUCAUGUAACCCUACCAACAGAAGAGACCGUGAAAACGAAACGAGGUAUUGUAGCUAAGCUUGCUAAAAUAUAUGACCCACUGGGAUUCAUUUCACCAUUAUCGUUGCGAGGUAAGCUGAUAUACCGGUCCACAUGUGAUGCGAAGAUAGCGUGGGAUGCUCCAAUGCCUGAUAAUCUGAUCAAAGAGUGGAAUCAGUGGGAGAAUGGUCUGCCGGUUGAUGUCGAAGUGCCAAGAUCGUUAGUAGUCCAUAGAGAGCCAAUCGAAAGCAUCAAGCUACAUUCGUUUGGAGACGCCAGCAAAAACAGGGUAGCAGCGUGUGUGUAUGCAGUCGUGGAGCAGGCAUCGGGCACAAACCAAGGCUUGAUAGCAGCAAGAGCUAGACUACCCAAGAAAGAACUAACAAUCCCGCGUUUAGAGUUGGUGGCAGCACACAUUGCCGCCAACCUGGUAGUGAAUGUAAGCGAAGUGUUGAAUGGGUUUCCUGUUCAAAGUAGUUAUUGUUGGUCUGACAGCACAGUGGUUUUACACUGGAUCAAGGGAAAUGGGGAUUAUAAACAAUUUGUGGCUAAUCGUGUCAACAAGAUCAAUGACCACCAAUAUCUGAUUUGGAGACAUGUACCAACGAGUGAUAACCCGGCGGAUUGUGCAAGCAGAGCUGGUGACUUAAGUGAUGCAGAGCUGUGGUGGCGGGGACCAAAUUGGCUAAAGGACCCUGAAUGUUGGCCAGAUGACAUUGUGCCUCAACCCACUGUUGAAAGUAAUGCUGAAGCGAAACUAGUGAAAAGUGUUCUUGCUGUUGCUGUUGCGGUGAAUGAUGGUAAUGAAGCUGAUGAAGUCUUAAAGAAGUUUCCCUUGCAGAAAGCUCUUCGUGUGUGUGCUUGGAUGCGAAGAUUUGCAAACAAUGCUCUUCAUAAAAGAGGACGAUCCCGCGUCAUAGGACCGUUGACCACUAGCAAACUUGCCCGCCAGCGUCAGUUCUACAUUGAGAGAGCUCAGGAAAACUGUGACCUUGACCCUGUUGUCAUCACCGCAGAUGAUGAAAAGAAACGAGGAAAAUGGUCGUUAGGUGUAGUCAAAGAACUAGUUGCUGGGAAAGAUGGAGAAGUAAGAGUUGCGGUCCGCAGUAAAAAGUCUCAUCUUGAACGAGCAGUUCAACAACUGUAUCCUUUAGAACUAUCUUGCGAUGUUGAACCACCUGCUAAAGCAGUUAUGAAUCCAGAAGCACCUACGUUCAGGCCAAAGAGAGCUGCUGCAGUCACCGCACGUCAACGUAUAAGAGAAGUGACCGAGAAUGACCGUGACGAACACUGA